UGCGUUGUAUGGUUGUGUGGCCAUGAAACCACCCCUUCAUGCUCAAAAGGUGACCAAGAGCAACCAAGAGUGAGCGAGUAAGCGAACUAGUAGAUGGCGGGAGUGAUCUCGUGUGAUAUAACUGUGUUAUAUUAGUUUUUAAAUUUUAGUGUAAAAUAAAAAGUAGUUAUUAAAAUGACUAGAGCUAAAAUAGAACUCGGCGACGUGACACCGCAUAAUAUAAAGCAAUUAAAGAAGCUGAACACGGUAGUAUUCCCUGUGUCAUACAACGACAAAUUUUACAAAGAUGUCCUAGAGGCUGGCGAAUUGGCUAAACUUGCUUAUUACAAUGAUAUCGUGGUGGGUGCCGUUUGCUGUAGAAUAGACAUGUCAGAGAACUCCAGAAGAUUGUAUAUAAUGACCCUAGGGUGUCUCUAUCCGUACAGAAGGUUAGGAAUAGGCAGCCUAAUGGUGGAGCAUGUGCUAAAAUAUGUUGAGCAGGAUGGCAAUUUCGACAGCAUUUUCUUGCAUGUACAAGUCAACAAUGAAGGUGCAAUAGAUUUUUAUAAGAAGUUUGGCUUUGAAAUUGUCGAGACGAAAGAACAUUACUACAAACGGAUAGAGCCGGCCGAUGCCCACGUCCUACAAAAGACCCUCAGAGAACCACAGCCUGCGCCAUUAGUCAAUGGGACUGUUCCUCAUGCGAAGACCAAUGGACACGAUUGAAACUAACCAAGGAUUCUCAAUGUCUCAACUAAGUUGUUAUUGCGUAAAGCCUCAUUUACAUGAAGAGAGUAUCCCGUUCUUAAAAAUCAAAGAAAUAUAAAAAGCUGAACCUUUUAAAUUCUAUAUCACAUUUAAGAAGCCCUUGAUUAAUAGUAACGAUCAUGAAAGUAGUUGAGGUUUACAUGAAUAAUAACACAGAAAAGCAAUAAUAUCUUAACACUAACAGGACGAGAUACUAUCUUCAUGUAAAUGAGGCUUAAAAGAGCAAGUGAUAAAUAAAAUAAGGAACAUAAUCAAGUCACUUUUAUAUUUACACAAACAAUUAUUUGUAACGAUGGAUUAAGAAUAGUAGGGUUGUGGUUUUGGAAUAUUGAGGCCAUAAUUGAGGUAGUUAAAUUAUGACUGAUUUCAUUCUAAUAUCUAUGUCAAAUCUUGUACUGUACAGAUAAUAUAUAUGUUAAAGUACUACAUAGGCGUAAUUGGGAGAGGUUUCCUGGUCACAAAGGGAAAAAUUGUUACAAUAUUUUUGCCGAACUUAUUUUCCAUGACAAAUAGCAUUUUCUUGCUUCAAGUUAGGCAAAUGAAAGGGAAUAAAAAACAUGGGGCUUGUUAUCUUAUUUUUUUUUAAAUGUGUGAUUGACAAUUUUACUGAACUAAAAUAUUAAUGACUAAAAGCGCAAUGUAAAUUUCUAAAAACUUUGUUCUCUGGUGUGUAGAAUCAUGUGGUGGAAUGUGAUGAUGCUGUUAUGGAUUGCCAAGAAGAUGCCUAUUCACUUUUCUAUGAUAUUUGCGUACAGUUCAUAUUAUCCUAGUAAUGCUUAUGUGGAUACUUGUGUUAGUUGACCGAUAUCUUGUUAAAUUUUCCGAUAUGCGCCUAUCUGAUACAUGUUUACAGGAAACUAAAUAUUAUAAUACAUUUUUGAAAAUAGCUUAGUAUUUGUAAAUUUCUCUCCAGUAUGUGUAAAGUAACAUAAUUUAGCUCUAGGCAUUCUUUUACCUAAACUUUAAUGGCAUUAUUUCUGUGUCCAUUUUUUACUACUGUACUUGUAUAAUAAUGUAAGCUUUACAAUACGAAUAGAGAGCUCCCAAUAAUUUUGAUUCAAAACAUAACAGGAUGGUUUUUUUAAAGAUAUCACCUCGCAAUUAUUUGAUAAUACGUUUUAGAUUUUGUCAAUACGUAAGAAAAAUGUAAAAAUAUGUUGUUAUUUUUGUCAAUACUAAGCAUAUUGUACGAUUUUUAUUUUUUAACCCAAAUUUGUUAAAGUAUUAUUUUAUUGCUUAUUUUUUUUGUUUUAUGUAAAACUGUCUUUCUCUGUUUUAAUAAUAGGUGUUACCAAAAGUCAAUUUGCCCGCUGUCGAAAAAUUUUCUUAAAAAAUCUUUUUGUUGAUUGUCAUGUUUUCUAAAACUGUUAGAUUUAGUACAAUAAACAUGAUUAAUAAUUUCAA